UCUUUUCAGUGUCUCCAAAAACUUUUAAUUCUGACAACAAUCUGUAUCAAGAAAUCGAGGAGGAAGUCCCAUGGAAAUACUACAUGGCACCGUGGGAUCUAGAUGAGCUGAAAUAAUGCAGAGACAAGGUUGAAACCUUUCAUAAGGUCCCGGAAGAUCUUAUGGAACUCCUGUAUGAGAUGAUUGGUGGACUCCCCAGAGGAUCGUUGUAAAAAUGAAGCGAGAGCAAAAGCAGAAAGCAGUGCACUUGAGCGCGUUAAUGAAGCCCUUGACAAGCUCAUGAACCCAUUGAAGAUACUUCAAAACUUUGAACAAAAUAAGGGUUCACUAUAUUACAUCAGCUGUCUUCUUCACCAUUAUCCGACAGAAGAUAAUCGCUGCUUUAAGGCUAGGAACUUUGAUGACAAUACUGAAAUAACCAUCGAUAUCGAAGCUAGCCUGAAGGUUGAAUGGUUCAAUACUCUUGGGUGUUACAAGGACAAGAAACAAGGGUCGCUAUGGAUCCCAAAUAGUAAGACCUUUGCCUGUGUGGAAAUGUUAAUUGCUCCGAACUAUCACCUUCAAGUUACGACGAACAAGGAUCAUCAAUACCGUAAAUUAGACAAAUGGACAAUCCCAGUAUUUAUAAAUAGAACUCAUCUAGACUUCUUCUUGUCUUACUUUACUUUUUACAUGCUUUUGAACGCAGAGUAUUUACAUUGGGAGCUAGUAUGGCAUCAUUGCUCUAUAAAUGUCACUUAGCUCCGUGGGAUUAUAUUUGCUAUAGCUUUGACCGAUUUGGUUGGCCUUGGAUUCGUUGAUGUUGCCGUUAGAUAGUUUAGCCAGAUUCUAGAAACGACAAUUUGAAAGAGUAUGUCAUCCUAGCGCCCGCCAAG